GUGGCCCAAAUGCAUCAAAUUUCAGGGAAAUGUGAAUUGAAAGUGGUCCCCAGAGAAAGAGGAGUAAGAGGAAUAUUUCAUCGUCCUAAGAGAAUGUUCUCAUUUGAAUACUGUGCUUGUCCUGGGUUUCUAUAGUUUUUGGUUUCUUUAGGGUGUGAGGAUGGUAACCUAAACACCACCGAGAUGCAUACAUACCCAACUUCUAAAUAAAACUGGGAACUGCCUACUCAAAGCCUUGUUUCCUCCUGGGACUGAAGUUAUUCCCUUCCAGUUUCCGAAGUCGAUUUUUUUUUUUCUCAUUUAAAAAGAGCCCCUUCGAUCUGUGAGAAAACUGGAACGGAAAUUUGUCAAUGCUUGCCGUGGUUGUUAUGGAUGCAAUGAAAAAGCCUUUGGAGACGCAGAUAAGACUUUGAGAUAUUACUUGAAAAUACUCCCUUUAGAUGGCCAUCUGUCUUGAAAGAAAGGAUUAGGAUUUUCUUCCUGUUUUGGAUAAACUAAACACUCGGGAAGGACGCUGGGUGGCGCUGCAGCAUUAUAAGUAGAACGAAGAGAGCUACCAGCCGGCGCUCCUUGAGCCAAAUGCUCCGCUGAAGAAACAAGCAGGAAGGGGAGGCAUUCUAAGGUGGUUGCUCCGGGAAAUCAGGGCCCUAGGCGUCUCCAUUUCUCCCACCAUCUACGAGAUACUGGGAGAUAAGAGCGACAACUCGAGGCGAAGCUGGGUCAAGUUUGCUGGGAGACCGGAAGGCGAUGGAGGCCGGAGAGGGAAAAGAACGCUUUCUAAAACAAAGGCAAGUCUUGAUAUUCUUUGUUUUGCUGGGCAUAGCUCAGGUUGCUUCCAAGCCUAAGCAGUACUCAGUGGCUGAGGAAAUGGAGAGUGGCUCCUUUGUGGCCAAUUUGUUAAAAGACCUGGGGCUGGAGGUAAAUGACCUAGCUGCGCGGGGGGCUCGGGUCGUUUCCAAAGGGAAAAAAACGCGUUUGCAGUUUGAUAGGCAGACAGGGAAUUUGUUGUUAAACGAGAAACUGGACCGGGAGGAGCUGUGCGGCCUUGCCGAGCCCUGUGUGCUACCUUUCCAGGUACUAUUGGAAAAUCCCUUGCAGUUUUUUCAGGCCGAGCUAUGGAUUAGAGAUAUAAAUGAUCAUUCCCCGGUUUUCCUAGACAAAGAAAUACUUUUGAAAAUUUCAGAAAGUAUCACUCCCGGAACUACUUUCCUAAUAGAACGUGCCCAGGACUUAGAUGUGGGAAGCAACAGUCUCCAAAGUUACACGGUCAGUCCAAAUUCCCACUUCCAUCUUAAAUUACAAGACAGUUCCGACGGCAUAUUACCACAGCUGGUGCUGGACAAAGCGCUGGAUCGAGAGGAACAGGCUGAGAUCAGGUUAACUCUCACUGCGCUGGACGGCGGGACUCCACCCAGGUCUGGCACUGCCCUGGUCCGCAUUGAAGUUUUAGACAUCAAUGAUAACGCGCCCGAGUUUGCAAAGCUGCUCUAUGAGGUGAAAGUUCUGGAAAACAGUCCCAUUGGAUUCCAGGUUGCCGUAGUCUCUGCUAGAGAUUUGGACAUUGGAACCUAUGGAGAAAUAUCUUAUGUAUUUUCCCAAGCCUCUGAAGAUAUUCGCAAAACUUUUCAAAUAAAUGCAAAGUCAGGAGAACUCAUUUUAACACAGAAACUGGAUUUCGAAUCCAUUCAGAGUUAUACAUUAAAUAUUCAGGCGACAGAUGGUGGAGGCCUAUCUGGAAGUUGCAUGGUGUUUGUCCAAGUGAUGGAUUUGAAUGACAACCCUCCGGAACUGACUAUGUCAACACUUAUCGAUCACAUCCCAGAAAACUUGCAGGAGACCAUAAUUGCUGUACUCAGUGUUUCAGAUCCUGACUCGGGAGACAAUGGAAGAAUGGUUUGCUCCAUUGAAGACGAUCUUCCUUUCUUCCUUAAACCUUCUGUUGAGAAUUUUUACACCCUACUGACAAACACACCUCUGGACCGAGAGACCAAAUCCGAGUACAACAUCACCAUCACCGUCACCGACUUGGGGACCCCCAGGCUGAAAACGCAGCACAACAUCACCGUGACGGUCUCCGACGUCAACGACAACGCCCCCGCCUUCAGCCAAACCACCUACACCCUGCGCGUCCGCGAGAACAACAGCCCCGCCCUGCACAUCGGCAGCGUGAGCGCCACGGACAGGGACUCGGGCGCCAACGCCCAGGUCACCUACUCGCUGCUGCCGCCCGCGGACCCGCAGCUGCCCCUGGCCUCCCUGGUGUCCGUCAACGCGGACAACGGGCAGCUGUUCGCGCUCAGGUCCCUGGAUUACGAGGCGCUGCAGGCGUUCGAGUUCGGCGUGCGCGCGGCCGACCGCGGCUCGCCCGCGCUCAGCAGCCAGGCGCGGGUGCGCGUGCUGGUGCUGGACGACAACGACAACGCGCCCUUCGUGCUGUACCCGCCGCAGAACGGCUCUGCGCCCUGCACCGAGCUGGUGCCCAGGGCGGCCGAGGCGGGCUACCUGGUGACCAAGGUGGUGGCGGUGGACGGCGACUCGGGCCAGAACGCCUGGCUGUCGUACCAGCUGCUCAAGGCCACGGAGCCCGGGCUGUUCGGCGUGUGGGCGCACAACGGCGAGGUGCGCACGGCCCGGCUGCUGAGCGAGCGCGACGCCGUCAAGCACAGGCUGGUGGUGCUGGUCAGGGACAAUGGCGAGCCGCCGCGCUCGGCCAGCGUCACGCUGCACGUGCUGCUGGUGGACGGCUUCUCGCAGCCCUACCUGCCGCUCCCGGAGGUGGCGGCGGCCGAGGCGCGGGCAGACCCGCUCACCGUCUACUUGGUCGUCGCCUUGGCGUCCGUGUCGUCGCUCUUCCUGUUCUCGGUGCUGGUGUUCGUGGCGGUGCGGCUGUGCAGGCGGAGCCGGGCGGCGUCUGCGGGUCGCUGCUCGGGGCCCGAGGGCCACUUUCCGGGCCACCUGGUGGACGUCAGCGGCACCGGGACGCUGUCCCAGAGCUACCAGUACGAGGUGUGUCUGACGGAAGGAUCUGGGACCAACGAAUUUAAGUUCCUCAAGCCGAUUCUCCCCAAUUUCCUUGGUCUCGGUGAGGAGAGGGUUCAUGAAGCAAACCCCAGUUUCAGGAAUAGCUUUAAAUUCAGUUAAGUAUUAAUUAAUAAGGGUCUACUGAGCCUAGUCUCCGUUAA